GUGGCUGGAUGGGAGGACAGGUAAAGCCACGCCAAGCGUCCUGCGCAUGCUCAUUGUUAGUCUGCCAUUUCCCACAUGCCAUCGGGGCAGCGUGCAGGAAAGGCGCAUGCGUCAAGAUGGACGGCGCUGUACCUGAGGCUCUGAGGCGGCGGCGAGGUGUCACAAAGUUAGGGAACUGCUGAAUUAUAACGCAGCACCAUAGAGGGAAAGAGUGCUCCGACUGACAGAAUCUAUCAGGAGAAUCCUCUACAUCUCUACAUGGUUAUUCACAGAUAUCUUUGUUCCAAAUUCAUUUUCCAAGUUGCUAUUAGAAGCAAAAACAUUUGCUGCUUAGAAAAAGGCAAAAACAAAAAUAACAGUUCACCUGAUAAGGAACUUUGCAUAUUUACCAAUUUUGAUCAGCCGUUUAUUAACAGGAUAUUAACAAGGUUCCUUCAGUCAAAGAAAGGAAGGUCAGUUUCUCUGUAAGAAGACUGGAAUGUAUGUGGAUAUGGGCAAGUGUUACUCAGUACCUGUUACAUUAAAUGACUAAAAACAAUUCCAGCAUCUACCAAAAGGAUAUUUUUAAUUACUCUUUAAAAGCAAUUAAAAAAUGCGUAACUCCUAGAGUCACUUGUGUAAUGAAAAUGUACUUCAGAUCAUAUAAGGAGCCAACAGAUCCACAAAGGUGAAAUUUUAUUAAUUACAUGGGAAAACAUCAUGAAAUUUCUGUAAUAUGGCUCAUAAUGUAGUUCGAAUUCUUGCCUAACUCCAUGGCUGUUUGAAAACUAAAGUAGAAAUUCAUUACCCCAUGGGUCCUCUAUAAAAAUGAACCACUGAUGUGAAGCACCCUAUUUGUGACUUGUACAUUUCUUCUCAAUUGAUAAAUGAGCCCAAGUCAAGGUGUGAAAUUUAUAUUCCAUUCAAAGGAGAAAGCGCUGUCCUUUGACCCUGACCCCAGUUGCUGUAGGAUACCAAGAUUGUACACGUCACUGUUGGGAGAGGUGAAAAAGGCAGGAACAUACAUCCCAGAACCUCUGAUCCAUCUUCAUGGUUGUGAUCAGAGCCGGGACAGGUAGUUGGCGUGCUUGGUGAUACAGAUGAAAAUCAUCGAUUCCAGUGUAAAUCAGCAAGAAAAACCAAUUGCAGCUCAAAACUAGACCUGCAAACAAAGAGGAAAGAAGGAAAAUGGAAGAGAGAGGGAUAACUAUAGAGAUCCCUGACGUCCUGAGGAGGCAGCUUGAAGAUGAUUGUUACAACAUUAACAGGAGGAAGCGGCUGGUGAAGCUCCCGAGCCAGACCAAUGUCCUGACUAUUUUGCAGACCUACGUGAAGCAUUUUGCCAUCUCUGCAGUCUCAUCUGCCAAGCAGAGGCCUCGGCCCCAGCACACUGUGGUAGGUGCCAGCAUUGCCCUGUGUAAGGAGAUGGCUGACGGGCUGAGGAUAACCUUCGACCACACUCUCCCAUCACUCCUGCUCUACCCGUGUGAGCGGGCACAGUACACCAAGGUGACUUCCGCUAAACUUUUUGUCCCAAUUAAGCAAAGCCCCACGACCAGUGACAGGAGCCAGGAAGCACUGUCUCCCAGCCCAGCUUUGCUGAUUCCCCUCACACCACAGUCCGCAGACUGUGAUGAGCUUGCCACCCCCAAGAGGCACAAAACCAAGCUGGAAGUCUCGCAGUCCGUGCGGCGGUCUGCGAGACACAGCACCCACUGUGACAGGCUGGCCCAGGGCAGCACCUGCGUGGGCCGACAGCAGGACACACCAGCCAGCACGCUCAGGCUGUCCCUGCAGCCAGAAAAGAAGUUGCCAGUGCAUAGCAGGUCAUCUUCCUGCAUACCUGUGACCCCAAACAAGGAGGGGAAUGGGAAUGCCGCCUUUGCUGGCUUUGAAGGGGGCAGUGAAAUAAACAGUGACCUGUUCUGGAAGCUUGUGCCCGACAGUUACCCUCCAAGUGACCAGCCACCGCCACCCUCUUACAUUUAUGGGGCACAACAUCUUCUACGGUUGUUUAUAAAACUCCCAGAAAUCCUGGGAAAGGUGUCCUUUGCCGAGAAGACGCUGAAGGCUUUACUGAAGCACCUUGACCUCUUCCUGAGGUUCCUAGCAGAAUACCAUGCUGACCUGUUCCCAGAGUCAGCCUAUGUCACUGCCUGUAGGGGCCACUGUGGCACCAAGAGCCCUGGGGCAGCUGAUUAAACUGGUGGCUGCACUGCUGGCUUUAUGUUUCAGGGUGCACAAAUCUUGGGCCCACCCUAGGGUCUCCGGCAGAGGUGGGCUCUGUUAUUUGAACUGCCCACAUAUUGUAGUAUUUCUGUUAAGAAUUACUUCCUGGCUGCCUGAAUGUCCUCUGACAUAACUCUUGCUGUUACACAGGACGUCUGUGGUGCCAGGCAAUGAACAGAUGCAUUCAUCAAGUAAUUUCCACAAGAGUGGCUUAUGUUUGGUAGGCAUUGCGGUUGUUCACUGUUGUCAGCAUGAAAAGAUGAGUUUAGUUAGUUGUUAGCAGAAUUUUUUCUUGAGUCAGCAUCUUUCCAGUUAACGCUGGCCUCAAACUCAGGGCAACCCUCCUGCCUCAGCCUCCCAAGUAUUAGGGUUACACACAUGCACCACCACAGCUAGCUAAACUAAAACAUUUUUGCAGUCUGUUUUCAUUCUUGUGGCAAGGCUGAAUGGCUCUGAGCAAUCUAUUUUAGUUCGUACGUGGAAACUACCAAGAAUCCCAAAGUCUUUUCGAAGGGAUCAGUAUCAAUAGCAAAAGAUAAUACGCAGCUAUACAUUUAGAGUUCUCUCUAUGAAACCUUAUUUGGGUGCUUAAUAAAGCAUUGCCUGUCUUGUUUGAGCUUUUAUAGCCAUACUUCGUUGAGUAAUGUCAUGGUUCCCUUUCUAGAAAAUGUUAUCUUUGGUGAUCUAAAUAAAAAAGUUUCCUGGUUUGA